AUGGACUCUAAUGGAAAGUUCCUGGAUGAAAAAACCCUGUUCCCAAGGCACAGAGCAGAAAAGAUCUGGUGCCCCAACACGAAGAAAGCUCUGGAGCUGCUGACGGUGCGUGAGCUCGGUGAGCCGAGCCACAUCAUCAUCCAUACAGGCACCAACGACUUAAGGCCCCAACAGGACAGAGUGGCAGACUCUCUGAAGAGAGUGAUCGAGAAGGCCUCCACCACUUUCCCCAACAGCAGGAUCGUCAUCUCCACACUGCUGCAGAGGAGAGACUUCCACCCCCGCACCAUAGACAGAGUGAACUUCAGCCUCUCCAGGGACUGCGCACUCAAAACCAACGUCUUCUUGGCUCAACAUCCAACUCUAGACCUGGACUGCCUUUAUGACAACGUCCAUUUGCACAAAGAAGCAGUCCCCAUCUUUGCCAAGACCCUGAAAGACGUUGCCCUCAGCAGGAACCCUACAGAUACCCCAAGGAACAACCGCACAGCGCAGAUCCCACGCAGACCAUCAAGAUCUCUUCAACCCUCCAGACCACCCAGACCCCCACGAUACACUCACCCCAGAGCAUCAGAGAGAAUGGCCGGCCCACGACACCCACCGCAUCACCACCAUCACAACGAGCAGCCUACACCACAGCUGAUCCAACACAGACCUCCAAUACCCAGCCGGAGAACCACCCUGCCUGGAGGUCCCGUACCCCCCCUCCUCCCAACAGCAGAGACGAGACUACAAGAGCAGCAGAACAUCGGACGGAGCUACGCUGCAGCUGUGAGAGGAGCAUCGGCCUCCCCCUCCUCUGGUGACAUCAGGGACAUACAACACAUGUUAAACUUGCUAUGCUCUCGCCUCAUAGGGACGUGGUAGAAGAGCCCAGAGCUUAAUGAGCAAAUAAUAGUUAAACAUGAUGUUUAGAUUUUUAAAUUGAUUGUUAGAAGAGCAGAGAGCUUAAUGAUCAAAUAAUAGUUAACUGUUAAACAUGAUGUUUAGAUUUUUUUUUUUUUUUUUUUAAUGGUUUGUUA